GACUCUCUCGGUCAAAGCCGUCGUUUAUCUUUGGUCUUGGGUGGUAUCUUUGCCACAAUCUAUGCAAUCUCAACUAUUCCUGCAUUCUUCUUGAUCGAACGUUUAGGAAGACGUCCUUUGUUCUUGAUUGGUGCUAUAGGUCAAGGUACAUCUUUCAUCAUCACAUUCGCAUGUUUGGCUGCAGGUGGAAAUCACGAACAAAAUGCAAAGGGUGCUGCUGUAGGUUUGUACCUCUUCAUCGUAUUCUUUGCAUUCACCAUUUUGCAAUUGCCAUGGGUUUACCCUCCCGAGGUUAACCCAAUGCGUACUCGUACAGCUGCAACAUCCGUUUCAACUUGCACAAACUGGCUUAGUAACUUUGCCGUCGUCAUGUUUACACCCGUUUUCAUUCAAUCUAGUCAAUGGGGAGCAUACCUUUUCUUCGCCGUUAUGAACUUCGUUUGGGUACCAAUCAUCUACUUCUUCUACCCUGAAACAAAGCAACGUACGUUGGAAGAAAUCGACCUUAUCUUCGCCAAGGCUUACGAGGAAAACAAGUUUGCUUUCCGUGUGGCCAACGAUAUGCCCAAACUUUCAGCAGGAGAAAUUGGUUCCGAGCUUGCAAAGACUGGUCUUACUACAACUACCUCAAAGAACCCUGAUUCGGAUGUUGAACAGCAUACUGCCGGUGCAGCUGAAGGCACUGAGCCAAACUCAGAAGGUCCAUCAACUCCAUCGAGUCAUGAAAACCUUUAA